AAAGAUAGAAUGGAUGAAUGAAAUGAAAGAGCUCGUGUGUGAUUUGUUUGUAUUCUUAGUGUUUUUCUCUCUUAAAUUGAGUGUAAACAGAGUCUUGUCUUUGUAUGCCUAUAGUGAGGAGAUGGCAAAGCUGAGGUCAAGAGGAGAUGAAGGACUGAAGAGAGAGGACUCAGAUCUCAGUCUGACUUUACUCUGUUAUACUGAGUCAAAGCCCACAGACACUCAGGACACUACAGUGUGUGACAGUAAACAGAGCUUACAGGAGGAUCAAACCUCCACAGAGUCUCUGGAUUCUGUCUGUAACGCUGGAGAACAGCAGCAGAUGCUGAAGAUGUGUUCAGUUAAACUUAUCGACUGCACGAACCUCAUGAUGAAGAUUAAAACUGAACCCACAGAAAUUAAAACUGAACCCACAGAAAUAAAAACUGAACCCACAGAGGAGGAAGAUCACACUGAGGAAGAUGAUGAUUUUAUUCCAUCAGAUGUGAAGUGUGAAUCGUGUUGUGAUGGAGAAAUAACGUCCUCAACAUCAAAAGAGCAACUGACAGCACAAACUUUUUCCUGCAUCACCUGUGGAAAGACAUUCAGCUCACAGAGACAUUUAGAGAGACAUGAGAGAAAACACUCAGAACAGAAACUCUUCACCAGAUCUGAGAUCAGUUUUACUACCUUACAAGAGAAAAAACUUAAUUCAGAAGAGCACAGAGAGAAGAAGCAGCAGCAGCACUUUCACUGUGAGCAGUGUGGGAAGGGUUUUGUCUCUUCCUCAAAUUUAAAAGUUCACAUGAGGUUACACAGUGGUGAAAAGCCUUUCUACUGCACUGAAUGUGGAAAAUACUUAAGCACCAAACAAAGUCUUGAUUUUCAUAAGAGAAUUCACACAGGAGAAAAACCAUACGAAUGUCCUCACUGUGAGAAGAGAUUUAGACAAAAACAAUGUUUAAAGUCACACAUGCUUUUACACACCAAUGAGAGACCGCAUCACUUUAGGGAUUCGGAAGAGAAACCCUAUCAAUGUUCAUACUGUGAUAAACGUUUCUGUUAUAAAUCUCAGCUGGCAUACCACAAGAAAUUUCACACUGGAGAGAAACCUUACGUCUGCGCUCACUGUGGAAAGAGCUUCUGUACUUCAAGUUCUUUAACUUAUCAUCAGAGAGUUCACACUGGAGAGAAACCUUAUCAAUGUAAUGUUUGUGGGAAAAGUUACACUCAACAUUGCAAUUUACUAAUGCACCAGAGACUUCACACAGGUGAAAAACCUUACAUAUGCUCUCAGUGUGACAAGACAUUUACUUUAUCAAGUUACUUAAAAGCCCAUGAGAAAGUUCACACAGGAGAGAAACCUCAUCAAUGUAGUGUUUGUGGGAAGAGUUUUAAUCGACGUGACAAUUUAUUGGCACACCAGAGACUUCAUUCAGGCGAAAAACCUUUCAAAUGCUCUCAGUGUGGCAAAACGUUUGCUCAGUCAGGUAACUUAAAAGACCAUAAGAGACUUCAUACAGGUGAAAAACCUUACAUAUGCUCUCAGUGUGACAAGACAUUUACUUCAUCAAGUUACUUAAAAGCCCAUGAGAAAGUUCACACAGGAGAGAAACCUCAUCACUGUAGUGUUUGUGGGAAGAGUUUUAAUCGACGUGACAAUUUAUUGGCACACCAGAGACUUCAUUCAGGCGAAAAACCUUUCAAAUGCUCUCAGUGUGGCAAGACGUUUGCUCAGUCAGGUAACUUAAAAGACCAUGAGAGAAUUCACACUGGAGAGAAACCUCAUCACUGUCAUGUUUGUGGGAAGAGUUUCAGUCAAUCAUCAAACUUUCAAAGGCACCAGAGACUUCAUACAGAAAUAUAUGAUGGCGACCUUCAGGAAAUUAGCAAAAAAAUUAAAGCCUUAUCAUGCUGAUGAGUUUCCUUGGCGCCAACCUCCAGCAGACAGAAUAGCUGGAACAUAGCUGAAUCUUGAGAUACUGCCAGAAGGACAGACUGGCGAAACUUUGUGGAUUCUGGUUGGGUGUCUUCAUUCCAUGAACAGAGACAUUCUGAGUUUUAAGAAUCACAACUGACAGGGUUGCAAGUGUUGUCUUCAUGACAUUGAAACAGAGUCAGAUAUUUCUUAGAUGUGAUGUGUGUUUCACAUCUGUUCAGAAUGAUUCAUGGAUUCACUCUAACUGUAUGCACUCAGUAUUUGUAUUCACCAUUAAUUAACACAUGUACAGGGGUUUUUAGUUUAGUUUAGUUUAUUUGUUAAACAGGGACAAUGCACAUUAAGGAACAUAAUUGUAAAUGUGCCAGAAUUAGCCCAAAGGGCUAUUUUUCAUCUGUAGCCCCCUGACAGAAUAUUAAAAAGUC